GAAGAUGAUCGUUAUCGGUUCAACAGACUGGGAUCUGCUUGUAACUGCUUCCGUUUCAUAUCUGAUCAGUAUUCUUUAGACGCAGUCUCAGAGACUCUUUAACUCGAAUGCAACUGAGCUGACGCAAAUAAACUAAUUUGGAAAAAAACAAUAUUUCGAUUGGUAUACUGAAGCUAAUUUGAUGAAACCGUAAUAUGUCAAUUUAAGGAUCCUCCCGGUGAUAAUACAUUCAAACAUCCAAUCACUUCAAAUUCAAUCAAUUCGAAUACUUUACAUCACCGAUUGCAAUCAAAACAAACAAACCGAUCGUCCGCCAUCAGAGUGUCCGUUUAGGUUCGUUCGUUAAUUGAAAACAAAGCGCAUCAGCAUCCGACUUAGUCCUAUAAAUAAUACGUGCCGCGCAGUCCGUACCCCGCCAAACAAAUCACGAAAUAAUCACAUCGCACAUCCACUGGCAAAGUGUUGCCGAUUCAUUAUCAAUCUGCUCACCUCCCAAAUGUGUGUUGGGAUCAAGCAUCUGUUUGGCCUUUAGAGGUCACCGCAAUCGAACAGCAGCGAAAGAUUCCGGCACUUGCUGUCUGUACUAAGUCAGUAGGAAAUACGUGCUUCUAACGCCAGGAUGGUCAUCAGAAUAGCUCUUAUUCAGCUGAGGGUAUUCGAAUCGAAGGAGAAAACCCUGCAUAAUGCGGUGGAUCUGAUUCGUAUCGCCAAGAAGGAGAAGGAGGCGAAUGUCGUCGUUCUGCCGGAGAGUUUCAAUUGUCCCUACAGCAGGAAGAAAUUGGAGAUGAGCGCCGAGGAGAUUCCUUUUGGCGAAACUUGCCAGGCGCUCAGUAAGGCUGCGAGAGAUUUUGGAGUUCACAUCGUCGGCGGCUCGAUCGUGGAAUCAUGCUGUGGGCAGAUGUACAGCACGUGCACAGUCUGGGGUCCGGAGGGCGAACUGGUUGUCAAACAUCGUAAGGUACAUCUAUGUGAUGCAAACAUUCCAGGAAAGCUGACAGUUGAGGAGUCCAAAUUAUUUUCCCCGGGACAGAGCUAUACGACAUUCUAUGUGGGAGAAACCAAGAUCGGGCUGGGAAUAUGUUGGGACGUGCGCUUUCCGGAAUUCACGGCUGCCUAUCGCCAACUGGGUUGCGACUUGUUGAUCUGUCCGGCUGUUUGUGAUGUCUAUACCGGCGAAAUGCACUAUGAACUACUCGCCAAAGCACGCGCACUCGACAAUCAAAUGUUUGUCGCUCUCUGCUCACCUGCCAGGGAUCCCCACGCCGAGCUGGUUGCCUACGGACACUCGAUAGUUGUGGACCCAUGGGGAAAAGUACUCCAGAAAGGAACCGAAUUCCAAGAGAUCAUAACGGCGGAUUUGAUUCUCAAGACUUUACCAGAGGCACGCGAACAGAUACCUGUGCUGAAGCAGAAACGAUCCGAUAUGUAUGAAUUGGUAGUUAAGAAAUGAUUGUGAUAAUUAUGUUUUCGUGUUGCGAUAAUAAAAAGCAAUGUUGUUAUAA